CCCCCUCCCUCUCCCUGCUCCUCCCGCAAUCCGGAGCGGAUGCGAUGUCGCCGCUGGUGCGGCCCGCCGUGCUGCCCGUGUGCGCCGCGGCGAGCGGCGGCGGAGGGGGCAACAGCGACAAGUGGGCGCCGCGGCAGCAGCGGUCGUGGUGGGGGAGGAGCAAGCAGAGCCUGCCGCACCAGCCAGGCGGUAGCGGGGGGCGGGGAGGAGGCGGGGGCGGCGGGGCCCUGGACCAGAUGCUCGGCGUCCUCCGCCGCGACAGCGAAUUCCUCCAGGCCGCUGCCGGCGCCCCGCUACGCGACGCCCUCUGGCUCCGCUUCCUCGAGAAGAAGCAGCAGCAGCGGAAGCGGCCGAGACCUAAGCCUGCGGAGCAGCAGCAGCAGGAGGAGGCGGCGCCACCACAUCCCCAAGCCCCGGCGUUCCCCGCCUACCCUCCAGGGUUGUCUUGCGUGGAGCUGGUGAUGGCCGAUCUGCAAGCCCUCAAGGUGUACGCCGAUUCCUCCAAGCAGGAGUUUGUGCUCCGGUUCCUCGGAAGCAAGCAGCAACCCCCUCAAUCCCAGCAGCAAUCUACUGAGCUCAAACCAGUUUUCAAGAAACAACCUAAACCCAAAGGUCCCAAACCCAAUGGACAGCAGAAAGAGCAGCAGCAGCAGCAGCAGGCGCUUCAGCCCCCGGCCUUCCCUCCUAAUCCCCACCCACCAGGUCUGUCUUGUAUGGAGCUGAUGAUGGCCGACGUCGAUGCCCUCAACUUGUAUGUCAACUACUUCUUGGCCAUUCUCAGCACUCCUCUGCCCCAGCAUUACGAUCCCGAUCUGCUCGCGCAGUACUUCGUCUCACGGCCUCAUAUCCUUGUAUUUCGCACGGUUCAAAUACUAUUCGCAUUCCUCGUGGGUGCGGUAAAGGUGCAAAUGUUUAAAAAGGCCAGUCUGACCACAGAUGCUACCCACAGCACUAGUGUCAGCAACGAAGGUUUUGAUGCUUCACAAUACAUGGUUGGACAGCUUCUCAAGGAUACAUUUCUUGACCUUGGACCUACUUUCAUUAAAGUUGGACAAUCCUUCUCAACAAGACCUGAUAUCUUAGGCUCGGAGAUUUCUGAGGCACUUGCCGAGUUGCAUGAGAGAGUUCCUCCUUUCCCAAGAGAGGAUGCAAUGAAGAUCAUUGAGGGAGAAUUUGAGCGACCUGUUUCGCAGGUUUUCAGUUACAUUUCUGAUGAGCCUGUUGCAUCAGCUUCCUUUGGACAGGUUUAUCAGGGGCGUACAUUUGAUGGUGCUCUUGUGGCCAUAAAGGUUCAGCGACCGAACCUUCUUCCUUCUGUAUUGAGGGACAUCUAUAUACUACGCCUUGGGCUUUCUUUUGUGAGGAAAGUUGCAAAGCGAAGAAGUAACAUUUCCCUCUAUGCUGAUGAGUUGGGUAGAGGAUUUGUUGAUGAGUUGGACUACAAUAUUGAAGCUGAUAAUGCUACUAAAUUCCUGGACACUCACUCCAACUAUUCAUUUGUCAUGGUUCCGAAGGUUCUCAAACAACUUACUAGGAAGAGGGUUUUGACUAUGGAGUGGGUGGCUGGUGAAAACCCCAGGGAAUUGCUUUCUCUGGCUAAAGGAAUUUCUGGUAGCAUUGCUGAGUUGUCAGAGAAGCAGAAGUUGGAUGCAAAAGCCCGCCUUCUUGACCUGGUCAAUAAAGGUGUCGAGGCAUCAUUAGUGCAGCUCCUUGAAACCGGCUUGCUGCAUGCUGAUCCUCAUCCUGGGAAUUUGCGUUAUACACCUGAUGGUCGUGUUGGGUUUCUUGAUUUUGGGUUGCUUUGCGAGAUGGAGAAGAAACAUAGCCGAGCUAUGCUUUCGAGCAUUGUGCACAUAGUAAAUGGAGAUUGGGCUUCCCUUGUUUACGAUCUGAUUGAAAUGGAUGUUGUUCCACCAAGAACUAAUCUACGGCGAGUGACCAUGGACUUAGAGGAUACAUUGGGUGAGGUAACCUUUGAAGGUGGAAUUCCAGACAUCAAGUUUAGCAGGGUACUUGGAAAAAUUUGGUCCAUAGCACUUAAAUAUCACUUUCGUAUGCCACCAUAUUUUACGCUGGUCCUGCGGUCAAUUGCCUCUUUGGAAGGACUUGCCAUAGCACAAGAUGGAACUUUUAAAACAUUUCAGGCAGCAUAUCCGUAUGUUGUUAGGAAGCUUCUGUCUGAUAACUCACUUGAUACUAGGAAGGUCCUGCAUGAGGUGAUUUUCAACAGAAGGAAAGAGUUCCAGUGGCACAAGAUUGCAGUGUUUCUAAAGCUAGCAUCAGCAAGGGGUAACUUCAGGCAAAACACUGGCGCUCUGCCCGAGAGAAAGGGUCUGGAUGUCUCAAACCUUGCAGAGAUCAGUGACGCGUCUUCCCUCGACCGCGCCACACCAGAAAGGGCGAUGCAUACUGCAAACCUUUGUCUGAGGCUCUUACUAUCAAGGGAUAGCAUUGUGAUAAGGAGACUUAUAAUGACAGCAAACCACAAGUCUCUUGCCCGGGACCUGAUCUCCAAAGACGCGGCGAUAUUCCGGGCCCUCCUGAGCCGGGCUCUCGCCGACGUCGUCUGCCAGUGGAUGGUCAAGGCGGCCGGACUGAAACGGUCCAGGGACCGCAUGGGUGACGACCUGGGCAUGUCCCUGUCCAAAGAAGCACCGAUUUCACCUGUGGUGUCGUCGUUACAGGAGGUCGUGAGGGACCGAAGGCUGAAGGUCAUAUUCUCAAAGUUUGUCAAGGAUCUAAGGGAGGAGCCAAUGCUGAUGGUCAGGGUGGGCUGGAGCGCGCUCGUCGUCUCGGCCGUGUCCGCCGCCAUCGGCGCGCACCGCUUCGCCGUCCUCCUCUCGGAGGAGUAUCUGCCGACGGUGUGGACGCCUGCGCCUCCGCCGCCGCAGUUAGCUUGGAGCUAAGAGUUUGUAAAUGAGCACGCCACUUUUGUGUAGUAUAAUCAUGUAGAGUAUUAGUAUUAUGGUAUGGGUCGUGAGUUUUUGAGAAUAUAUACAUACACCAUACUUGGUGCAACGUGCAACAUUACUAGUAGUACUAUGUAUGUUAAGGGUUGAAGGCUGGGACUUCA